UUGUUUUUGGAGCAAAUGGUGCUCAGCGAGAAGCAAAAGGACGAGUUAAACCGCGCUGUGCUGGAUCACCUUGUUGCGAGCGGCUAUGCGGCGGCGGCGAGCGCGCUGCGGCAGGAGGCCUCGCUGCCGGCCGAAGAGCCCGAGAAGGACAAGUUUGCCGGCCUGCUCGAGAAGAAGUGGACGUCCGUGCUGCGGCUUCAGAAGAAGAUCAUGGAGCUCGAGGCCCGCGUUGCCGAAAUCAAGGUCGAGGCGCGCGACACGGGCGCGGCGGGCGGCGCUGGUGGACUGGCUCGUCGCGGCGCUGCUGGUGCUGCAGAGUGGAUUCCCCGGCCGCCUGAAAAGUACACGCUCACCAGCCAUCGCGGACCCAUCACGGCAGUCGCGUUCCACCCGACAUUCUCGGUGUGCGUCUCGGCGUCGGAGGACGCGACCAUCAAGGUCUGGGACUACGAGUCGGGCGAGUUUGAGCGCACCCUCAAAGGCCACACGAACGCCGUGCAAGACCUGGCGUUCGACCACACUGGCGCCUGGCUCGUGUCGUGCUCGGCAGACCUCACUGUCAAGAUCUGGGAUUUCAAGUCGUUCGAGUGCGUCAAAACGCUCCGCGGCCACGACCACAACGUCUCGUCCGUCUCCUUCCUCCCGUCCGGCGACACGAUCGUUUCUGCGUCCCGCGACAAGACAAUCAAGCUGUGGGAGGUGUCAACAGGAUAUUGCGUCAAGACAUUGCAAGGCCAUGAUGAUUGGGUUCGCUGCGCUCGCUCGAAUGCCCGGGGAACACUCAUUGCAUCGUGCUCAAACGACCAGACAAUACGAGUAUGGAAUGCCGCCACGGGAGAAUGCAAGGCAGAACUCCGCGAUCAUGAUCACGUUAUUGAAUGCGUCAUUUUUGCGCCCGAAAGCUCGCAUCUCUAUCUGGCCGAGGUUGCAAACGAGGCUGCCAAAGCUGCCGCAGGUGAAACUGGCAAAUCCACCCCAGUCGCUGCGCUCGGUGCACCAGAAUCGCUUGGCCCCUACCUGCUCUCCGGCUCGCGCGACAAGACGAUCAAGCUAUGGGAUUUGGCAACCAACCAGUGUGUGUUGACGUUGAUUGGACACGACAACUGGGUCCGAGGACUCAUGUUCCACCCCGGUGGCAAGAUGGUCGUGUCCGUGUCCGACGAUAAGACCUUGCGCAUUUGGGACCUCAAAAAUCGGCGGUGCGCCAAGACCCUCCAAGCCCACGGUCACUUUGUCUCCUCUCUUGCCUUCCACCCUUCGGCUCCGUACGUGCUGACUGGAAGUGUCGACCAAACCAUCAAAGUCUGGGAGUGUCGAUAAGUUUCAAGUUGUGAGUUUUUGUUGUUGUUCUUCUUGAUGUCGGUGUCUCUCUCUUUUGAAUUGUUCUUGUUUUGAUACGUUGAAUGGUGUGUUAUUUUUUUCUACUUUGGUUGUGGAAUUCGCUUGUUGGUGAUGUUCUUUAUUUUUGUUUUGUAUCUCUUCGUCUCAGCAGUAAACUUGUUUCAUUCCAA